GAUAACUGAAAUCUUAUGGAUCCGGAAACUUAUGAGUGAAAUUGGUUUUCCACAAAAAACAGCAUGCAAACUCUUUUGUGAUAACAAAGCAGCAAUAAGUAUCUCAGAAAAUCCAUUUCAACACGACAGAACGAAGCAUGUUGAGAUAGACAGACACUUCAUAAAAGACAAAUUGGAAGAUAAGAUAAUUAAACUUCCAUUUGUGAGAUCAAGAGAUCAGUUAGCUGAUAUCCUGACAAAAGCUGUCAACAGUGAAGCAUUCGAUGAGGCAUUACGCAAGUUAGGCAUUGGAGCACCUAAUGCCCAACUUGAGGGGGAGUGUAGAAAUAACCAUAAUUAGUUCCUUAAUCAAAGGGACUAAAUAUUAAGCAAUUUAGUCUGCAACUAUUUAGGCUGUAAUCUUGGUAGUAGUUGCCUAAUUUACAGGAUACUUCUGUGUAUAAAUAUUUGUACUAUCACAAGCAAUAAACACACAAAAAAUUACAAACCCUAUUCCGCGUUAUUUUUCUCUAUAUCAGUAACCCUGAUUCAAUCCCUACUUUACCGGAAUCAUUCCGGAGUUUCACUAGAUCAUUCCCUCGGUACUUAACCACCGUUGAAGCCGAUGAAAUCCGCGCCAACGAGUACCGCCAUUUAUUCCUUUCUUCCCAUGUUUGCCUUGAUUAUAGUGGUCAUGCCCUCUUCUCAUCCUUACAACAACAACAACAACAAGGUGAGUUUGUUGCCUCUUCUUCCUCUUAUACCGCGAAACUAACAAGUUUCGAUAUUUUGCAUAAGGCGAAUGGAGUGUUAAUGUCAUCAAUGAUUGAGAGUAAGAUCAAGGAAAGAAUUAUGAGUAUAUGAUCAUGAAAAUGAAGGUGUAGAAGCUAUGAUUAAGACCUCAAAAGGCAGGGGAGCUCGAGUUUCGCAAGCCGAGUUUAAGUGGCCUAAGUUGAAGAUUCAUUGUAACAAACUAGAAGAAAUUGUGGUAGGCAAUAAUGUUAAGAAGAAUAAUAAAAACAAGAAAAUGAACAAAGGUUUGUUUGUUUUUCCUGUUCAAUCAAGAGUAAGUGGAGCAAGAUACUCUUAUCAAUGGAUAAGUUUAGCAAGGGAAAAUGGGUGGCAUGUAUUACUUGAUGCAAGUGCCCUUAAUCCUAAGGAAAUGGACACUUUAGGGUUGUCCUUAUUUCAACCUGAUUUUCUUAUUUGCACAUUUUAUAAAGUCUUUGGUGAAGAUCCCUCGGGGUUUGCCUGCCUACUCGUAAAGAAAUCGAUCUCUCCAACAAUAAAUGUUUCGAGUUUUACAUCUUCCCCUGGAGUUGUGAGCCUAAUACAUACAAAAGAUGAACAAGAUCAGGGAAAUAAGCAAGAGUGUGACGUUGAGUGUAAGGGACUAGACCAAGCAGACAUGUUAGGCCUAGUCAUAAUUGGUAGUCGGGUAAGAUGUUUGAUUAAUUGGUUAAUUAAUGCAUUAUCAGCUCUUUAUCAUCCACAUUCCGAAAGAGGGGUACAACUUGUACAAGUUUACGGUCCUAGAGUGAAUUUCGACAGAGGCUCUUCCUUGGCCUUUAACAUGUUUGAUUGGAAAGGCGAAAGGGUUGAGCCAAUGUUAGUCCAAAAACUCGCGGAUAGGAAUGAUAUUUCACUUGGUUGCGGAUUAUUGAAGCAUGUAUGGUUCUCUGAGAGGUAUGAAGUUGAGAAGGAAAGUGUUUUGAUGAAGGGGACUAAAGAAAGCAUUAGGAAAAAAUUCAAAGGGAAGAAAAAGGAAAGUUAUGAAAGUGGCAUAUCAGUUGUUACAGUUAAUAUUAGUUUCUUAUCAAAUUUUGAAGAUGUGUAUAGUUUAUGGAAAUGUGUUUCUAAGUUUUUGGAUGCAGAUUUUGUUGAGAAAGAGAGGUGGAGAUAUACAGCACUUAAUCAGAAAUCUAUUGAAAUUUAAAUGAAUUUAAGAAGUUGCUACUUUUUAUGUAAUUAUGAGCUUUCAAAGUUAUAUCAACGAAUAUUGUUACUCAUCAUAUAGAUAUUGGAUAUUUUUUUGAAGUUUUUAUUUCUGUAUGAUCAUGAAAUUUUGG